AUGACAAAAGUGACAAGUGACAUAAUAGAAAAGAAGAAUUUUAAAGGUUAUGUUAACCAAAUUUCCAAAAUGCUGAAUUUAUCGAAAUUUGUUCGAUUUAUUUCGCUAAGACAACAAUCAACGCACUCCAAAAUUGUAAUUACCAAUGACAAGAAUACGAUAGUAGCAUGGCAUCCCAAGCAAGACUUUCCAUACGAAUGCACGAAAGCGUUACCCGAUGAACGAUUCGUCGAAACAGAUACCGUUUUAAAGACCACCGUAACACCAGAAUUGCUCAGCAUAUUUAACAAGAAAACGCCCGAGCAAGCCCGACAGGAAUUAAUGGACAUCACGCAUACAACAAAACACCGAUGGUUUCCGAGAGCAAGGGACAAACGAGCGAAGGAAACCCCAAUGGACCGAGAGUACUUAUAA